CCUCCUUUGUCUACCCACCAUCGGCUUUGAGUUACCUGAGAUACUAAGUUCGGUAAGCUCUCUUCAGUUACUGAAGAUAUUUCGAGUUUAGGGUCUGCAGAGCAUGAUGGAUCGCGGAUCUGCUGCAGAUUCCAGGCUGAACAGAUCUGCAAGUGUUGUAGACAGCGCAAGCAUGAGGAGUGGUUUCAGUAGAUGGAAACCAACUGAAAUCCAAAAGGGUAUAUUGAACUCCAAAUUCGCGAGCGGAACAAGAAAUCCAUCUGUGGAUGAAAUAAACCGCAUUACUGCAGAGCUGCAGCGCCAUGGACCUGUGGAAGGAAAAAACGUGUUCUUCUGGUUUCAGAAUGCUGCUGCCAGAGAUAAGCUUAAAAAAGAAAAAGCAGUAUCAUGUGAUAGACGGAAAAAGGAAAAAGCAGAAUCAUCCUCCAAAUGGCCUGCAGUGUUUAGGCCGCGAAGCUGGACUUCUUUAUUCCGUGCGAAGAGGUCAUCUGAAAGGAGCAAUGUCCAAGAAGAGGAAGAGGAAGUAGAUAGCGGACCUAGGAGAAAUUCAUCGGUAGAACCAGCUGAUAUCAGAACACUGGAAUUAUUUCCUCUGCAUCCCGAUUUGUGAGGGCGUUGGCAUUUCUGGAACACUGGUUUUUUUGUUUUUUUUUGCUUUCGUGUAGUUUAGGGUUUUAUAAAUAGUUUGAAUAGGGACAUUUUUAAGUGAAAAAAUGUAGUAGUGCAUGGUCUAUAGAUCAUGUAGCUCUUGCUUAGUUUUAAUAUGUGACAUUUUCAACGGUGUAUAU